UGCACGCUACUUCUAGACAAGCGGCCGUAGAGGUCUUUCUAUCUCUGUUUCGCGAGUGUUUCAUGGUUCACAGGCGAUACGCAACGCGAGCCUGCGGUAGACCUCUUGUUGGCUAUGUCGACGAUUGCCAUCAGCAGCACACGCACCGCGUGCCGGCAAGGGCGCGCUAUGCUGCAGCAGCAGAUAGGCCGCAGCAGCACCAGAGCGCUGAGCAGCGCGGCGCCGGCGGUGGAUGAAAGCGACAGCCGGCUUGGCGCUCUUCGCAAGAAGCUCAGAGACGAGGAAGCGUCUGCGGCGAUGGGCGUGACGCUCCACGACUUCUCCUUUUCUGGGGACGUGUCCUACGGAACCGCUGUCCCGAGACGCAAUCGGGAUAAAACCGGCAAGGUUAUCCAUCGCAAGCCCAAUUGGCUCAAGGCCGUCCCCACCCAGGGCCAUAACUACGAGCGGCUUCGGUCCACCGUGAGGGAGCUAGGCCUUGCCACGGUCUGCGAGGAGGCCAAGUGCCCGAACAUAGGGGAGUGCUGGGGCGGGGCCGACGGUACCGCGACGGCAACGAUUAUGAUCAUGGGCGACACGUGCACGAGAGGGUGCAGCUUUUGCGCCGUCAAGACGAGCCGCGCGCCCCCCCCGUUGGACGCCGACGAGCCCGAGAAGGUGGCGAAGGCCGUUACGGACUGGGGGCUGGGCUACGUCGUCCUCACCAGCGUCGACCGCGACGACUUGCCCGAUCAGGGGGCGAACCACUUCGCGAGGCGCGUGAUCACGAAGACGUCGCUGAUGCUCGGGGUCGGAGAGACGCCGGCGGACGUGGAGGCGACCCUGAGAGACUUAAGGGCGGUGGGGUGCGACGUGGUGACGUUCGGGCAGUACCUCCGCCCGAGCAAGCGGCACAUGCCGAUGCGGGAGUACAUCACCCCCGAGGCGUUUGCGGAGUGGCAAAGGGUGGCGGAGGGGAUGGGCUUCCUCUACGUGGCGUCGGGCCCCAUGGUGCGCUCCAGCUACAAGGCCGGCGAGUUCUUCCUCAAGACGGUCAUCGAGCAGCGGAGGGCUGGGGGAAAGAAUGCCGCUAGCGCCAACACUGCUAGCGUCGGCGAGGGCGCAGAAACAGCACAUCGUCGGAGCCGAGAGUCGGAGGUUGACGGUGUGGUUUUGUCGGCGUCCUCCGCGUAAUAGUUGUGCGUUUUUUACGCGAGGGGCUCCUCUUCCGAUUUGCUUGGGGUGUCAGGGAGAGGUACCGGGGUUCUAGGUGACAAAACAGCAGUAUCUGUGGACAUAUUAUUGUGGCGUUGACCGUUUUUGUGCGUAUAAAGGAGGAACAGUCUCUACACCAUUGAAAAGGCCGACAUGUGAGACUCGACAGAAAAAUACAGCAACACUCGUGUUGUAGGCAUUUCUCUGUUCGAAGAAGUAAAUCACAUGGGACAGCAAGGGUGUUUAUUGUCAGUGAAGCUUCGUGGUUGUGCAUGGUGCACGAAACAGGCAACUUUCCCAAGUCUGCCGCCCCGCCGCCAUCGAAAAAACCCGCGAUGGAUGUAUGUACAAGUCCGUCUGUUUGUGUUUUUUUUUUUCGUGUGUUUGUGUGUGUUUUCCUCGCAUUUCGGUGUUCGUUCGUGCUCACCGCUCUUUGCUUCCACGAGGGGAAAGUUCACGUGAAAAAGACCGGUGCUGCUGCAAGCUUGCCUGCCAGUUAGUUGCUGUUGGUGGUUUUCUAAACAUUGCUGUCUUGUCCGUCCCCGCUUGUGGUGGGCAACGAACAUCGUUUUGAUUUCUUCUUUGUUGGUUUGUUCCUGAUGGGCUUUGCCCCCGACAAGUUGAUUGUUUUGUCGUAUGUCCCAUAGGACAAACCGUUUCGGAUGCCGUCGCAGAGAAGAAGACAACAAGCCUGUUGAGGUUGUGUGGGCCGUGGCUGUACCGGCGAAGAAGAGGGCCACGUCCGGUGGUCUCGAGUCGGUCUCAGCUCAUGUUGAUGGUGUUGUGUCCUCGGCGAAGUUUUUGAGCUCGCGCUGUACGGAAACGAAAUACAGUAGGAGUUAGGACAAGAUCGGAGACUUUGAUGCUGUUCCAAUCCGACUAGGAUUGGUUUCUGCUCCGAUUACGAAAGAACGUAAGAUAUUUUUUGUCCUGUACGACAAGAUCGGAGACUUUGAUGCUGUUCCAAUCCGACUAGGAUUGUUUUCUGCUCCGAUUACGAAAGAACGUAAGAUAUUUUUUGUCCUGAAUUUUCAUGAAUCUCGGUCAAGCUGAGUAGGCGCGUCGUAGAUAUCACACCCAGGCGUUGGACCGCCAACCCCUUCGAGAGGUGGUCAGCAUCAGACAACUAU